AUGUCUAAGGUCCAUUUAAACAGCUCUACUUCUUUGAACAUUUUUUUUAAUUUAAAACCAAUUGACACAAUUUUGGAUGAAAAUAGAGAACUUUUGCGCAGUCAAAAAGAAAAAACAAGACUAAAAAAUAGACAAAUUAUGAAACGCCUGAUUGAUAUAACGGUUUGUCUUGGUAUAGGUGGUAAACCGUUUCGCGGACAUAGUGAAAAGUCUAAUGAUAUUCACAAAGGACUGUUUUUGGAUAUAGUUGGACUCUUAAAAAAAUAUGAUCCUAUUCUAAAUGAACAUUUGAACAAUGGACCAAAAAAUGCUAUGUAUUGUAGUAAUCGUAUUCAAAAUGACUUAAUUUUUUCCAUAACUCAAUUGAUGAAAAGACAAUUAAAAGAUUGUAUACAAGAUAAAAAAAUAUCUUUGAUUUCUGAUGAAACAAGUGAUUUAGGGCAUCACGAGCAAUUAUCAAUUGUUAUCAGAUACUUUGAUGACACCAAGUGCUCUGCUGUAGAACAGUUUUUGACGAUGAAAAGAAUAAAGUCAGUUAAUGCUCAAAGCAUUUUCAAUACACUGAGUGAUGUCAUUGAAGAAUAUAAUAUUAAAUGGGAAAACAUUGUUUCGACAUGUUUUGAUGGGGCUGCGACAAUGGCAGGUAGUACUGCAGGUGUUCAAACUAAAUUUAAAGAAAAGAAUAAAAAUAUAUUUUUUGUACACUGUUACGGACAUUGUUUAAACCUAAUUUUAGUUGAUUCUGAAAAAUAG